AUUCACAAAAAUCAUAAGAUCCAUCAUGGGAUCUCGUAGCUGCACUUUUUAACUGCACUGUGUCGGUGUUACUGGGGCAUUUAGCAGUAUUUUGACAGCAUGGCGACAGAAACCAUCACCCCCGACUGGGAGUUUGACCGUUUCGACGACGGUUCACAAAAAAUACACACAGAGGUUCAACUGAAGAACUACAGAAAGUUUCUGGAGGAUUACACGUCUCAGCUGAAGGGAAUCGAAGAAGCUCUGGACGACUCCAUCGGAGAUGUGUGGGACUUCACUCUGGACCCCAUCGCUCUCAAGCUUCUCCCCUAUGAACAGUCGUCUUUGUUAGAGUUAAUCAAAACAGACAACAAGGUUCUUAACAAAGUCAUCACAGUGUAUGCUGCUCUCUGUAGUGAAGUGAAAAAGCUCAAGUAUGAGGCAGAAACUAAGUUCUACAACGGCUUGUUGUAUUAUGGAGAGGGAGUGUCGGACACCAGCGUUGUCGAGGGGGAGUCUCAGAUUCAGAUGGGUCGAUUCAUCUCCUUCCUACAGGAACUGUCCUGCUUCGUUUCAAGAUGUUAUGAAGUGGUGGUCAGCAUUGUCCACCAGCUGGCCGCCCUCUACAACAGCAACAAGGGUGCAACAAAAAUCAUAGAGUCAUCAGGUGUCCAUUUCCAAAUCGUGUACGAACACCUGGGGGAGCUGUUGGUGGUGCUGCUCACGCUCGACGAGAUUAUGGAUAAUCACGGCACGUUGAAGGAUCACUGGAAGAUGUAUAAGAGGUUAUUGAAAUCCGUGCACCAUAACCCCGGGAAGUUUUCCAUUCCUGAGGAGAAGCUGAAACCCUUCGAGAAGCUCCUGCUCAAGCUGGAGGGGCAGCUGCUGGAUGGCAUGAUACUCCAGGCCUGCGUGGAGCAGAGAUUUGACGAUCCCGGCGAGGGAGUGUCUGUCGCCAAAAACAGCGCCUUUGCCGAGGAGUUCACCCUCAACAUUCGCGCCAUAUUCUCCAACGUCGAGUCCAAAAUAGGUGAACCUUCGGAAAUUGACCAGAGAGAUAAAUACGCCGGCGUCUGUGGUCUCUUUGUGCUUCACUUUCACAUCUUCAGGAACAUCGACAAAAAGUUCUACAAGUCGCUGCUCGACGUCUGUAAAAAGGUUCCAGCCGUCACUCUGAUUGCAAAUAUCAUCUGGUUUCCUGACGCUUUCCUCAUCAAUAAACUCCAAAAUCUAGCCAAACUGAUGGAUAAGAAGAGUCUACAGGCCCUCAAACCACAGAGAGACACCUACCUGCAGCAAAGAGCUCAGACUUUAACAAAGGAUGUUCAGUCCUACUAUGUGUUUGUAACUUCCUGGAUGAUGAAGAUGGAGUCCAUAUUGUCCAAGGACCAUAAAAGUGACAAGCUGGCAGAAGACCUCAACAGCAGGUGUAAUGUGUUUGUGCAGGGAAUCCUGUACGCUUACAGCAUCAGCACCAUCAUCAAGACGACCAUGAACAUGUACAUGUCGAUGCAGCGGCCCAUGACCAAGACGUCCGUGAAAGCUCUCUGUCGGCUGGUUGAACUGCUCAAGGCGGUGGAGCACACGUUUCACCGGCGCUCCAUGGUCGUAGCCGACUCCGUUUCACACAUCUCUCAGCAGCUGCAGUCCCAGGCCCUCAACGCCAUCGGCGUAGCCAAGAAAAGAGUGAUCUCCGACAAGAAGUACAGCGAGCAGAGGCUGGACGUGCUGUCGUCUCUGGUGCUGGCGGAAAACGCUCUGAACGGACCGAGCACAAAGGAGCGACGCCUCGUUGUGUCUCUGGCUCUGUGUGUCGGUACUCAGCUGAAAACCUUCAAAGAUGAGGAGCUGCUUCCGCUGCAACUUGUUCUGAAGAAGCUGGACCUGAUUAGUGAGCUGAGUGAAAGGGUUAAGCUGCAGUGUGACUGUAGUUUCCUUUACUGGCACCGAGCUGUGUUCCCCAUCUACUUAGACGACGUGUACGACUACGCUGUGGACGCGGCUCGAAUCCACUACAUGUUUAGCGCGCUGAGAGACAGCGUGCCGUCCAUGCUGCAUGCCAAGCACAUGGAGUCAUGUGACCAGCUGCUGGAGAGCUACGACAAGGAGAUCAUGGACGUCUUCAACGAGCACCUGCUCGACAAGCUGUGUAAGGAGAUCGAGAAUGACCUGCGUCUUUCCGUCCACACCCACCUGAAGCUCGACGACAGGAACCCUUUCAAAGUCGGCAUGAAGGACCUGGCCCACUUCUUCUCCCUCAAACCCAUCCGCUUCUUCAACCGCUUCAUACACAUCAAAGCCUACGUGACCCACUACCUGGAUAAAACCUUCUACAACCUGACCACUGUGGCUCUGCAUGACUGGGCCACCUACAGUGAGAUGAGAAACCUCGCCACGCAGCGCUACGGACUCACGAUGACGGAGGCACAUCUGCCCAGUCAAACCCUGGAGCAGGGCUUGGACGUUUUGGAGAUCAUGAGGAACAUUCACGUUUUUGUCUCGCGCUACCUUUACAACCUCAACAACCAGAUCUUCAUAGAGAAGGCGAGUAACAACAAGCACCUGAACACCAUCAACAUCCGUCACAUCGCCAACUCCAUCCGCACGCACGGAACGGGCAUCAUGAACACCACUGUGAAUUUCACCUACCAGUUCCUGCGGAAAAAGUUUUACAUCUUCAGCCAGUUCAUGUACGACGAACACAUCAAGUCCCGGCUCAUCAAGGACAUACGCUUCUUCAGAGAAACCAAGGACCAGUCGGAUCAGAAGUACCCAUUCGAGCGGGCAGAGAAGUUUAACCGUGGCAUCAGGAAGCUGGGCAUCACUCCUGAUGGACAGAGCUACCUGGACCAGUUCAGGCAGCUCAUCAGCCAGAUCGGCAACGCAAUGGGCUACGUGCGCAUGAUCCGCUCUGGAGGCCUCCACUGUUGUAGCAGCGCGAUCAGAUUUGUCCCAGACCUGGAGGAUAUAGUGAACUUUGAGGAGUUGGUGAAGGAGGAGGGACUGUCAGAGGAGACGCAGAAAGCUGCAGGCGUCCUGGAUUCAGUGCUGGGAGAUCUGACCAGUAACUCUGCCGAGGGGACGGAGUACUUCAAGAAGCUGGUGGCCGUGUUCGCGCCCGAGUUUCGCAGUGCCAAGAAUAUGCACCUGAGGAACUUCUACAUGAUCGUACCCCCGCUGACGGUGAAUUUUGUGGAGCACUCCAUCAGCUGCAAAGAGAAACUCAACAAGAAGAACAAAACUGGAGCUGCUUUCACAGACGACGGCUUCGCAAUGGGUGUAGCUUACAUCCUGAAGCUGCUGGACCAGUAUCUGGAGUUCGACUCGCUGCACUGGUUCCACGCCGUCAGGGAUAAGUACAAGAAAGAGAUGAGCGCCGUGGUGAAGGAGCAGAACGUCCAGAGCACCAGUCAGGACGAAAAGCUGCUGCAGACGAUGAAUCUCACACAGAAGAGGCUGGACGUCUACCUCCAGGAGUUUGAGCUGCUUUACUUCUCGCUGAGCAGCGCCCGCAUCUUCUUCCGAGCCGACAAGACGGCGGCCGAGGAAACGCAGGAGAAGAAAGAUAAAGAGGAAACUGCCAAAGCGGGAGGUCCCUCCGACGGCUCCACAGCCACAGACGCUGCCUCAAAGUGAACCUUGCCGCACAGCUGAUGCGUGAGGUUCAAGGAAUAAGACUGGAAAAAAGUUUUAAAAUGACUCAACGAAUCGUCUUCAUGAGAGAAGGAAUGUGUACGUUACGAGCUACUACUACUACAGCGAGUGUCUUGUUUCGGGUUUUACAGAAACAUCGGCGCAACGGCCAGUUUUAAACUUGUAGCAUUAACACGAGUGAUCAUGGAUAGACUGGAUUGUGUUUCAGAUGUGUCUUUGUCCUCUUCAGUCAUGGGCUAAUUUGCGUCUUUGUUUUUAAUUGACCUACUUAAUUGUGAUUGUUCAGGGGCUAUAAUAGCAGCUCCGUUCUGAGAAUGUCUUUAUGUGCCUAUGGAUCCUUUGUGCACUAAUUUCUUUGUCAGUUGAUCUGUUAUCUUGUUUUGAUUAACUAAAUUAGAAAUAAUACAAUGCAACAAACUAAAUUUUAAUAUUUGUCUCUGCUGCACUGGAGGUAAUGUCAGUACAUUUUUCUAUCUUUCAACUUGUGGUACAUGUGAAAUUACAUUCCAUGAAUUAACUUGUGUUGGAGGUGACGCUUCAGUAUUUGAAGACGAAUUAAAUUUGCACUUUUGAGUGUAACUGUA